AUGCUUCAAGGCAUGCAGCUUGGGAAAAUGGUGCGUAAGCAUUGUGUAUGUGUAUGACACACUGUCCAACUCAUUGGCCAUCUCCUUCUGUCUUCAGCUUGAGGAUGUAGAGGCAUGUGCUACAAUGGAUGGCUUCCCCUUCAUCCCAGAGACCUCUGACUGGGCAUCCAAUACAGACCAGUUCAACCUGUGGGCCCAAAUUACAUCUGUCAAUUUUGAGGUCCAAUCAACCAAUGCUGACCUCCAUCAAAUACAUUGCUGACAGACUCUGCACAUGUACCCUUUCAGGCAAGAUGGGUGAAGUCUGACAGGGAGUGGCUGGAAACAUGCAAAUUUGUGGCCCACAACAAGACACCUGCCACCCUUGGACUUAGCCUGUCUGUUGGUGGACUGUCUAGACAACAGGACUUUGCACCUCCUAUGUCUUGUGGCCCUUCAAUGGAGGAGCUCCAGCGCGGAAGGUCAGCAAGCGCCCUGGCAAGCAAUUUUGACCUGAUCAGAGCAGGCAGGAGCGCAAAGCAUAUCUUUGCAAAUUGCAAGAAACCAGGCACAAAGCUCUUCUUUGGAAAGAAGCGCAGCAACAGUCAAGUCAAGGGCCAGGGCAAAAAGGCCACUUGUUAG